AUGUCGGCUGAACCGAUGAAUUCCCUUGCUAAAUGGCAUUCGACAUCGCUGACGGAGAGUCGUGAAUUGAGGCGAUCGCCAACACCUGUCGGUCAUCCCAACAUAUUUGGUAAGCGACAAGAUUUAGCACCACGCUGUAAAAUCAAAUGUUCGUUCAAGGAGAAUGCAUGUUCAUGGUCGUUUACGAACUGGAAACUUCUGAACGGGAAAAUCAUAACAGAGGCUCAAUCUGAGGCUUGGCUUGAAAGCGAGCCGGUCUUGUUACCCAUGAAUGCGCACUUUGAACUGGACUUAUCUAUGAGGUCUGUGUUUUGA